CAUAGAUAUUUAUUUGACAAAUCGUUGGUUAAAGAUAUAGAGGGCUCUCUAGAUUAUGUCAUAAUUGUCAAUGCAAUGGAAAUUGUGAGAAACUGUUUAUGUUUUAUAAAAACAAAGUUUUAAUAAGUUUAGAUAGGCAUUGACAGAAGGUAUUGGAAUGGCUGAUAAAGACAAAACCAAAACACCUCAAACUAAACAUAUACCGAAAGAUGGACAAGUUAUAAUGGCGAUAAUGAAGGAAAUGGGUAUCACUGAUUACGAGCCUAAAACAAUAGUUCAACUCACAGAAUUUGUUUACAGGUAUGCCACUUCUAUUUUAGAAGAAGCUCGUAUGUAUACAAAUAAUUCGAAACAGAAAUUUCUGGGUGUUGAUGAUGUUCGUUUGGCUUUGCAAUUAACCUGCGAAUCUACAUUCACUACUCCUCCACCAAGGGAAGUCUUGAUGGAAUUGGCACAUGUUAAAAAUUACUCUGUCUUACCACAAGUCAAACCCCACUGUGGUUUGCGAUUGCCACCUGAUAGAUAUUGUUUAUCAUCAUGCAAUUAUACCCUAAGAAGUAUGAAGAAAUCUUCAAGGCCUAAUUUUGGAAUGCCUGGUACUCCAACAUUGAAAAUUACUCCAAAAACAAACAUUCAAUUUCUCAAACGGUCAACUCCAACUAUUGCAAAACAAACAGUUACAAUACCAAAAGCAGUGACUAAAGUCAUUACUAACCAACCUCAGAAAACCAUACUAAAACCAAAAAUAGAGAUUACACAAAAUUUGCAAUUGACUCCUUCAAAUAAUAGUAAUGAAAUGGACUUUGAAAUAUUAGGGAGUUUGAAACGUAAAAGAGAAGAUGAACAUGAACCCAUGCAAAUGUAAAAUAGUUAGUCAAAAGUGUGUUAAUUUUUUUGCUAUAUUUUUACUCAGUUUAAUAAUUUUUGUUUUAAAUAAAAUUGAAUUGCAAAUUGUUCUUAGGUUAAUAAAUAAACUGUAAUGCUUAUAGUUUUUUA